AUGGGUGACGAACCAUCCAAAAAAUUAUUUCAAUCAAAAUGGUUAUAUAUUGAGGAAUUUAAACAUUGGUUGCGCAAAGUGCCAGGUGAUGACAGUUUAUGUUAUUGUAUAAUUUGCGAUAAAUCCUUUGCUUGUGGAUUAUCGCAAAUCUAUCGUCAUGCCGAAACAAAAGCACAUAUAAAUAAAUAUGAAAGUAGUGAAAUAAGACAAUUGAAUGAAGAUUUGAAUACUGAAAGUAAUGAUGAAUCGCUUUUAUCGUUUGAUGAACGUACAAAAGAAGCGGAAAUCAGAUAUGCCGCAUUAAUUGCUGAAAUAAAUAUUCCUUAUCAAAGUGCAAACAAGAUUCUUAGCUUUUUUCAACACGUGGGGAAAGAUCCUCAUAUAUUGCGAAGUAUGAAAAUGGGUCGUACAAAAUGUAAAAGUAUUAUUACAAACGUUUUAGCCAAAGUUGAAACGGAACGUGUUGUAGACAACAUUCGCAACACUAAAUUUUCAAUAUUUAUAGAUGAAACAUCAGAUAUUUGUAACGAAAAAUGGAUGACUUUUCAAGUGCGAUAUCCUGAUCCUGGAACAUUAGAAAUUCGCACGCAGUUAGUUGAAUUAAUUAAUAUCGAUGCUAAAGAUUCCAGCGCAGAUAAAUUGUUUAAUGCAUUUAAAAACGAAAUGUACAAAUUUCAGGUACCAUUUUCGAAUAUUAUUGCUCUGUCAUGCGACAAU